AUGCAUUCGCAGGUCCCACGAUUUGCCAGCCGCCUAGGAGGCCUGGCUCGGGCUUCGUUGCCUCCUCCCUACCUUGCGCCGUCCCUCCAUAUUCCCGUCACCCUGUCGCCGGUCCAGUCUUCAAGCUUUUCUUCCACAGCCUCCGUUGCCGUCAAUCCUCGACGUGACAAGAGCAAGCAGCGCGGUGUAUCAGCUAUCCACCGCACCGGUCCCCGACACCCAUUGACCGUGUCAAAAUGGGAGUUACCAAAGCCUGUGUCGCCGGAGGAUAUGAUUGCACGUGAACAAACACCCAACCACGGACUCUGGGCAUUCUUUCCUCCUAACCGUGAGGCAUUGAGCACUCCAGAAUACGAUCACAGCUUUGGUCGUUCUUGGUCUAUUCAAGAACUCCGCGAACGAAGCUGGGAAGACCUACAUGCCCUGUGGCAUGUAUGUGUCCGGGAGCGCAACCGUAUUAUGACCUCAGAUAUCGAGCGAACCCGCUUGAAGCCCGGUUACGGUGAAUACGAAUCCGGUGAACGAGACGCAGUGAUUCUAAGCACCAUGAAGAACAUGAAGCACGUCCUGCGUGAGCGUUGGUAUGCGUACGAGGAUGCCAAGCGCCUGCUUGAAAAAGGAUAUGUCCCCGAGAGCUUGUCCGAGAAGACGACCCCCAAGGUCAAGAAGGCAAAGGUUGAACACCCUAUGUCUGGAGAGCAGGCUAAGGCCUAG